AUGCAUGGAAGGAGGACCGUAAACAUAUUAUUCAGACUUCCGGGAAGUAGCAAACAGUACUUGAGUAGAAGAUACAAGAGCGAUGAACCAUCUGCAACGCCACCAUCUGCACUUCACGAUCGAUUCACCUCUCUCUUGGAAUCAAAUAUAGAUUCAUCCUCCAUGUCUUCCAUUAGGAAUAAUCCUGAUAUCACCAAAAUAUUGGACAAGUAUAGCCAGGAUUCCGCUGGUAUAACCUUCAAUAACGAUUACCAGUCCGAAAUCUCAUACCUAAAGCUGGAAGAUUUGCUAGCCAGAAACAAACAUGCAAGGGAAAUAGCUGAUACAGUAUCUACCCCAGCAUGGAACGGUACUGAAACUGUAAGAGAUGCUAAUUUGCGGAUGAUCAUAGAUACUGCUCCGAAGAAGUUGAGCCAGAGAAGAAUCAUUACGCCACCUACUCCCAUCAGAGAACGAAUCCACAAUGCGAAAGAGGAAAGUCUAGACUAUAGGCUAUCAAGGAUAUCUCAAGAUGGUGGUGGGGAUAAGGCAAAGUCAAACAAUACUGAAGAUGAGAAGUUCAAAGAGCUCUAUAAAGAGCGUCUUCUAGGUCCCAUGAUGUUUAUGAAUUCCAUGAGUUCAUCUUCUGGAAUAGGGCUUAUCACUUCCAUGGCAGAUGUUAGGAUAAAUGAACAAAUUGAUAGAAAGACUGGAAAAUUUGAAGGUCAUGAAAACAUGGAUUCUGUUAGAGGUAAGCCGCUUUCAAAAGAACACUUGGCAAAUUGUACUGACACAAACUACUUUAUGAAUCAAAUCUUACAGAAGGAAGAAUGCUUGCCACCUUGGAUUGAGAGUCAAAAGGGUGUAAACGGGGACAUUGAAAGAUUAAGAUUUGAUCUCGACAAAUCCUGGAGUAUCAAAGCUGUAGAAAUCUUGGAUAAAAAGUAUGCAUAUUUAUCAAAAGAAGAAUUGGUUCAAGUAGUGAGGACUAAGUAUCAGAACCUGUCGUCUGAGACGCUAUUCGAUUCUGACUAUCAUAACUUCAAAGUAAGGUUCCUUCAACCUUCCAUAAAGGACAUAAAUAUGAAAAUCACCACUUACAAUUUAUCAUCUCCUUCUCCCAAUUUUCACAAGUGGAAAUUGGUACUAGAAGACGAAUUGAAAGCGCUGUACUCACGUGUGUUGAGUAACCUUGACAUUGUACUUCAACAGAGGAAUGAGAGGGAACGGGCUGUUCUAAUGAACAAGGCUUCCAUUGAGUCAGAAGCUCCGAGCUUUGGAUUUAUAAAGGCCGUGAAAUCUUUGGUAUUGAGAAAAUAA